ACACUUCAUCGCACCACCACUCUGUCCAAGCUGAAUUCGAAGUGCUGAACAUCUAGAACUGGCUCAUAACCAACCCGUAAUCAUCCCCUCCCGGUUUCAAAGGAAACGCGAAUCAACAUUGCCGCCUUCUCCUUUCUCGCACGUUGGGUUAUGCUGGGUGGGAGGAACUGAAACCAACAUGACCAGCCGGCAAAUGCAGGUGACCUUGUUCACCGACCCAGAAUGAGCGACUCAAGGACUGGCUCUCAAAACAACCCCUUUCAUUGGCCGUCAUUCCAAACUCCGCCCUGCGUCACCAGCGACCGACGGCGCAGGUCGCCGCAUGGUUGCAGGCACAUUCAGCAAGAGGUUUCUGUGCCGUCUCAACAGGCACGCGACACAUAGAUUCUCCGGUUAUUUUAAAGAUGCGUUGUUAAUGCCUGAGAUCCUGCCUGUUCGAUCACCCAAAUCUGCCCUUGAUCGGGAUUCGAACAAGCAGGGCACCAGGUCUGAUCAAUCAUGGCCACCGACGAGAGAGAUGUGGAUGAGCAUCUAAAGCUGGAUGAGAAUCUUCUUGCUGCCCUUCCUGAGGGGGGCAAGGUAGUCUCCGUCAAACCCUCCGGCCUGAGCGACUAUUGCAACACCUACCGCAUCGAGGUGAAGCUACCGGACGGCAGCUCUCUGGUCUUCUUCGAAAAAGAAGGAACCGGCGAAGAAGGCCAGGGCUGUGUGGAAUCGGCCUUCGUAUCCGAAUCUGCCACCUACGAGUUCAUUCCCGAGCAUGUCCCACGGCCAAUCACCAUGGGCAUGAUCGAGGACGACAUCCCCCGUUCGGAGUCGUACAUGUCCGCCGUGGCGGCCCUUCACAGCCGCAGCAUGGGCAAGUUCGGUUUCCCCGUCAACACGCGCUUCGGCAAUCUCGAGCAAGACAACACCUGGACCGCGAGCUGGGAGGAGUACUGGACGAGGCAGAUGAAGGGUUUCCUUGAGCGCGAGGACGCUGCUCACAACGGGGAGCCGCAUGAGGAGCUUGAGAGGCUGCGGCCCCUGUUCUUGAACAAGGUGCUGCCUCGGUACCUGCGCCCAUUGGAAUCUAACGGCCGGUCAGUCACGCCGUGCCUGAUCCACGCCGACCUCUGGCUAGGCAACGUCAAGUACAUGAAUGACGGUGAGACGGUGUGUAUGUACGAUGCCUGUGCCAUGUGGGGACAUAAUGAAGUUGACCUCGGUGUCUUCCGCAAUCCUAGAUAUCCGCUCGGCAAGCCAUACCUGAAGGAGUACUGGAAGCAUGUUCCCAUCUCUGAGCCGGAGGAGGACGUUGACAGCCGAAAUACCCUCUAUAUGCUCAGGUGCCAGAUUCUGCUGUCGAUUCUCCACCCGCAUGACCACAAGCUGCGUGAGAUCUUCGUAAGCAACAUGCGUCACCUGGUGGAGCGAGUGCAAGAAGAGGAAGCCGCGGAGAGCAGCCGGCCGGUAGCUCAGUUUCAUCUCCAGGAUAAUUUUCUCGUGGUGGUAAUGUAGGUCCAUUUACCCAGUAGGGCCAUGGCUUACAGAUGAAUUCAACCAUGUGGUUCUGUAUCGCGUUUAGAGAAGCUAAUACAAAUUGAGACGCGAAGAGCGUAUUUACAC